AUUUUAGUAUUUCGCGAUAUAACGAUGACGCGUCCAACUAUAUAAACUCAUUGUUGAAUUAGUUGUUUGAUUUAAUUGUUUAAAUAUUGACAAUACUUUAUCGAGAUAAAACGUUGGUUUCAAUCUGGCAAACUUUCGGCGAAAGAAGCGUAUAAUAGCGUUGUUAUCUACCCAUCGACCUUCGGACGGCGCAGCGCCGAGUAAUCGGACAGAUUAGUUGCAUACGUGUACGACUGCGGAAAGGAACAUGUCUUUGCCAGUGGCCAGGAUCGUUUCUCUGAUUGUGUUGCUUGUAGGCACCUUUCUGUGCGGCAUUAUCCCUUCUUUGGUAGUCAAAAACAUCAAAUCUCGAUCUCGGAACAUCGCGCAACUCUCUCGUAGAAGUUCUUGGGUGGUCAGGAAGAGCCAUUACGUUACUUCUUUUCUGAUGUGUGUCGGAGGUGGAAUACUGUUUUCUGUUUGCUUUCUUCACUUGCUUCCCGAAGUGGACCAAUCGUUCGAGGAAUGGUGGCACAAUAGCGAGAACGUUUCCAACGACUCGCCGGUAGAAGAGCAACACCCUGGUCUGGACCAGCGGAAAGAAAAAUUACACGUACACAAACACGAGUUUCCUCUGCCUCAGUUCGUAAUCUGUAGUGGUUUCUUGUUUGUGUAUAUUUUCGAAGAGACAGUCAAACUGAUCGUAUCUACGAUUAACGCACGCAAAAUUAAAGAAUCGACUCCUAUCUCUACGGCUAGGCCCGAUACAACUCCCAGGGACGAUAAAGAUCUGCUUAGUUCCCAGCAACGCGUUCGAUACUACGGAACUGUUGAAAAUAACGAUAGUCGUUCGAACGACUGCCCGUACGAACACUCGUCCAACAACUCUUCCGUCAAAACCUCGUACGACAAUCAUAUAAUCGAACUGAAAAGAGGUUUAUCCUUGGCGGGUUUGCUCAUCGUCACCGCUUUGUCUUUCCACUCUCUUUUCGAAGGUUUCACCGUAGGCCUUCAGGUUACCGAACGAGAAACGUGGACCGUUCUUUUCGCCAUAUGUAUGCACAAGUUCGUCAUCGCAUUAGUGAUUGGGAUCGAGGCGGUGGAAGAGGGAACUAAACUUAAAGUGUUGUUACCCUACAUGAUCAUUUUCUCCGCCAUGUCUCCUCUGGGUAUCGUCACGGCAUCCCUAGCAGAAAAAUCUAUGCUGAUACACGGUGCUCUGGUAUCGGGUGUUCUCAAUGGUUUGGCAACCGGAACUCUAUUAUACGUGACAUUUUUCGAAAUUAUGCAUAAAGAGAAAAACUCGAAACUUCCCGGCAUGUUCCAGUUGUUAGGUUUGGUUACGGGUUUCGUGCUGAUGAUAGGCAUCGACAGAGUGUCCGCAAUCAUCGGCGGAUGAUCUCCGCGGCUGGAGACGUCACUCGAAAGAUCUGAAAAAUUUAUAUUUAUAUAAAAGUAUUUAUAGUUAAAUAGCGUUUAUCGCUUUAAAAUGUUGAAAUAUUUUGCGAAUUCUUAAAAUAAAUAA